AUGACAUUGAAUCCGGAUUCACUAAAUAACAAUAAUCCACCGGAUCAUCCCCCAAACGGUGCUGCGAAUGCGGGUCCGGUCGACCUGGGUGUUAGGGAAAAACGGUACCUUAACCGCCUGUUGGUCGAGGACGCAAUCAACGAUGAUAACUCAGUAGUUGCGUUGAACCCGAAGCGUAUCGACGAAUUGGGACUUUUCAGAGGAGAUACGAUACUGUUAAAGGGUAAAAAAAGACGGUCAACAGUGUGUAUCGUGUUGGCAGACGAUAACCUGGACGAGUCUAAGGCACGCAUGAACAAGAUUGUCAGAAAAAACCUCAGAGUCAUGCUCGGAGACUUUGUCAGAGUUUCAGCGUGUCCAGACGUGCCGUACGGGAAGAAGAUACAGGUGUUGCCCUUUGACGAUACCGUAGAGGGGCUGUCCAAGGAGUCGCUGUUCAACGUGUACCUGAAGCCGUAUUUCCUGGAAAGUUACAGGCCAGUGAAGAAGGGAGACCUGUUUCUGGUGAGAGGAGCAUUCAAGGCAGUGGAGUUCAAGGUCGUGGAGGUGGACCCGGGAGAGUAUUGCAUAGUGGCUCCAGACACGGUGAUAUUCCACGAGGGAGAUCCAAUAAAACGCGAGGACGAGGACAAGUUGGACGACGUGGGAUAUGACGACAUCGGAGGAUGUAAGCGUCAAAUGGCUCAGAUAAGAGAGAUGAUAGAGUUACCACUGAGGCAUCCAGGCUUGUUUAAGACCCUGGGAGUAAAGCCCCCGAGGGGAGUGUUGCUGUACGGACCACCAGGGAGUGGAAAAACACUUAUUGCAAGGGCAGUGGCAAAUGAAACGGGAGCAUUUUUCUUCUUGAUCAACGGGCCAGAAGUUAUGAGUAAAAUGGCAGGCGAAGCAGAAAGUAACCUGAGGAGAGCGUUUGCAGAAGCAGAAAAGAAUGCACCCUCGAUCAUCUUUAUAGAUGAGAUCGACUCGAUAGCGCCCAAGAGGGAGAAGACGAACGGAGAGGUGGAGCGCAGAGUAGUGAGUCAGCUGUUGACACUGAUGGACGGCCUCAAGGGAAGAGGCCAGGUGGUGGUGAUAGCAGCCACUAACCGUCAGAACUCAAUAGACCCGGCGCUGAGAAGGUUCGGACGCUUCGACAAGGAAAUCGACAUAGGAGUGCCGGACGACCAGGGGCGCCUGGAAAUACUGAAGAUACACACGAGGAACAUGAAGCUGGACCCGGGAGUUAAGCUGGAGGAGCUGGCAGCGAACUCGCACGGCUUCGUGGGAGCAGACCUGGCACAACUGUGCACAGAGAGCGCCCUCAGCUGCAUCAGAGAAAAGAUGGGCGUGAUCGACCUCGAGGACGACACGAUCGACUCCAACAUACUGGACUCGCUGGCAGUGACGCAGGAGCACUUCAACAACGCAAUGAACACGUGCAACCCAUCCUCGCUGCGCGAAACUGUGGUGGAGAUACCGAGCGUCAAGUGGGACGACAUAGGAGGCCUGGAGCAGGUGAAGGCGAGUCUGCGGGAGAUGAUACUGUACCCAAUUGAGCACCCGGAGAAGUUUGAAAAGUUCGGAAUGUCGCCGUCCAGGGGAGUGCUCUUCUACGGACCGCCAGGGUGUGGUAAGACGCUGUUGGCAAAGGCAGUUGCAUCAGAGUGUAGUGCCAAUUUCAUAUCAGUUAAAGUGGUAACAUUAUUAGUGGUAUCAUUAUUAGUGGUAUCAUUAUUAGUGGUAACAUUGACUGGCCCUGAGCUCUUAACAAUGUGGUUUGGAGAGUCGGAAGCCAACGUCAGGGAAGUGUUUGACAAGGCGAGGACGAGUGCGCCUUGCGUCCUCUUCUUCGACGAGCUAGACUCUAUCGGGACGGCGAGAGGAAACAGCCCGGGCGACGUCAGCGGAGCAGGAGACAGAGUCAUGAAUCAGCUAUUGACUGAAAUAGACGGAGUGGGCACUAAGAAAAACAUCUUCUUCAUCGGAGCAACCAACAGGCCAAACCUGCUGGACGAGGCGCUGCUGAGACCAGGAAGACUCGACCAGCUCAUAUACAUCCCGCUCCCUGAUCUGCCGGCAAGAGUCAGCAUCCUCAACGCAAUUCUGAAGAAAUCGCCCGUGGCGGACAACGUGCCAAUCUCGUACCUGGCGCAGAAGACUGCGGGCUUCUCGGGCGCCGACUUGGCGGAAAUGUGCCAAAUCGCUGCGAGGGCAGCGAUCAGGGACGCGAUUCAGCACGAGGAGCUGACCAACUCCUCGGCAAAGGAGCCCGCAGCACUCAACGGUGCCAUGCCCGCGCCCUCCUCGGAGUUCAAGUACGAGAUCACGAGGAAGCACUUCCAGGAGGGCCUCGCGUCGGCCAGGCACAGCGUGACCUCGAGUGACCUGAGCAAGUUUGACGCCUUCAGGACCAAGUUCGACCCGAUGUACAAGAACAGGAGCGCCGGCAACCAGGACGAGAUCGACAUAGACUGGCCCGAGAACGACGAGGUCACCAUGGAGCCCAUGGAGGAGGACGAUCUGUAUUCGUAA